UUUGUUAAAGCGUUAGCAGGAAGUUCCUACCAAAAAUACCCCGACGUCAGGCUAAAGAAAGGACCUGACUCCAGGCGGACCAAUUUUAGGAUUUCAUGUGUACGUCAAGGUGCCUUCGGAAACAUGUCGGGACAGAGGAGAAGCACUCUGUGUUCAUCGCAUAAACUCUCGCUCUUGGUUUUAUCUCUGCUUGUUGUUUUUAUCAGCUCAGUUCCUCUUGACGAGCUGGAGCCUGAGACUUACAGCAAAUACUACAAUUAUGACCAACUCACUGACCUUCUCAAAAGUCUCGCCCAGAAGCACGCAAACAUCGCGAAUCUGACCAGCAUCGGCAGAUCCGUCGAAAACAGGGAGCUUUGGGUGAUGAGAGUCACCAGGGAGCCCGCUGCUGAUGGACCGGGGAAACCCAAAUUCAAGUACGUGGGCAACAUGCACGGAGACGAGACCGUGUCCCGGCAGGUUCUGAUCUACCUGCUGGAGUAUCUGCUGGAGAAGUACGGAGAGGACCCGAGGGUCACAGAGCUGCUCGACAGCACUGAUAUUUAUAUCAUGCCCAGCAUGAACCCCGAUGGCUUUGAGAAGUCUAAGGAGGGGGAUUGUUUGGGUACGGAUGAGGGUCGGAAUAAUGCUAACAACGUCGACCUCAAUAGAAGUUUCCCGGACCAAUAUGAAGAGAUAGACGUGAAUGCAGAAGAAAUGCCUGAAGUCACCGCUGUCAUGAGGUGGAUCCUGGAGAACAAAUUCGUGCUCUCGGGGAAUCUGCAUGGUGGGACCGUGGUGGCCAGUUAUCCUUUUGAUGACUCUGCGUUCCAUGAUAACGACGGCACCUAUAGCAGAUCGCCCGAUGAUGCUCUCUUCAGAUACUUGGCCCGGGUUUACGCAGCGAAUAACCCUGUUAUGAAAACUGGGCAGCCAAAGUGUGAGGAUAGCAUAAAUGAGACCUUCGAGGACGGCAUCACAAAUGGAGCAAAGUGGUAUGAUGUGGCAGGGGGUAUGCAGGAUUUUAAUUACCUGAAGGGGGGCUGUUUGGAAAUCACUAUGGAGCUCAGCUGCUGCAAGUACCCACCCUCAAGUCAACUCAAAACAGAAUGGGACAACAAUCGGGAGGCCCUGCUGGCCUACAUGGAGAAGAUUCAUAUCGGUGUGCGUGGCUUUGUCAGAGCAGCCAAGAAUGAUGCCCCUCUCGCAGAUGCUGUGAUAAUGGUUGCAGGCAUUAAUCACAACGUGAGCACUUCACGCUUUGGUGACUACUAUCGCCUGCUGCUUCCCGGCACCUACAGCUUCACCGUUUUAGCCCCAGGCUACAUUCCCAUGUCCGUGUCUGGAGUGGAGGUGACUGAGGGAAAAGCAGUUGUUCUGAACAUCACCCUUGAAGCUGAGAAUGAUGAGAAUCCAGCAACCCCCUCAAUCCCAGAGUCCCCCACUGAAACCUCAGUGAACAGCGCCAGCACAGACAGCAGCAGCAGCACCAGUGUCAACGCAGCAGCAGAUGAAGAGAAGGACUCCAGGGUUACAGUCCAGCCUCAGGACUUCCGCCAUCACCACUACAACGACAUGGAGCUGUUCCUGCAGAAGUUCAGCUCUGAGUACAGCUCCAUCACGCGGCUGUAUUCCAUCGGGAAGUCUGUGGCGGAACGUUCCCUUUGGGUCAUGGAGAUCUCCAACAAUCCUGGUGUCCACGAAUUUGGUGAACCGGAGUUUAAGUAUAUUGGUAACAUGCACGGCAACGAGGUGGUUGGUCGGGAGCUGCUCCUCAACCUUAUCGAGUACCUUUGUCGCAACUAUGGCACUGACCCUGAGAUCACCCAGCUCAUCAACUCCACACGGAUCCACAUCAUGCCUUCAAUGAACCCAGAUGGAUAUGAAGUGUCCCAGGAGGGAGAUAUCCAUGGAGUCCAGGGACGUAACAACACUAACAACUAUGACCUGAACCGAAACUUUCCUGACCGGUUCAACUUUGUCACAGAUCCCAGACAGCCAGAGACCCUUGCUGUUAUGAACUGGGCCAAAAGCUACCCGUUUGUGUUGUCUGCCAACCUUCAUGGAGGCGCUUUGGUGGUGAAUUAUCCAUUUGACGACAGUCCGGACAAUGUUAGCAGAUACAGCAAGUCCUCAGAUGAUGAUGUAUUCAGGAUGGUGGCUCUUGCUUACUCACGGGAAAACUCUCAAAUGUAUGAUGGUCACUCCUGUAAGGGAAUGGAUUCGUACCAAGAAUAUUUUAAAGAUGGCAUCACCAAUGGAGCUGAAUGGUACAAUGUCCACGGAGGGAUGCAGGACUGGAACUACAUCAACACUAACUGCUUUGAGGUGACCAUUGAACUGGGAUGUAGCAAAUACCCACCAGCAGCAGAUCUACCCAAGUACUGGGAACAAAACUGCAGAUCACUUCUACAGCUCAUCCAUCAGGUACACCGGGGAGUAAAAGGAGUGGUAAUCGACAGCAAGGAUGGAUCUGGCAUCCCCAAUGCUACAGUCACUGUGGACACGAUUAAUCACCCCGUCACAACCAGUGUUGCAGGGGACUACUGGCGCUUACUCGUCCCAGGAAAAUACCAGCUGACGGCUUCUGCCCAAGGCUAUUCCUCAGUUAGCACCUUUGUCAACGUGCCCAAGGAAGGAGUGGAGAUUGUAAAUUUCACAUUGAACCGGAUUCACAGCUACACCAAUGGGCAGACGACACAAGGCACCACGCCAGUUCUGGAUCCCAGUAUGAUUGAGUUCCAGAGCCUCAUCAAGCAGCUGUCAGGAGAAUCUGGUCUGGACAAGCUGAUCAAGGACACUCCCACCCAGAGUAGUUUCCGCUAUCGAGGCUACAGUGAGAUUUCCGAGUUCCUGCGCGGCCUCACCCUGAACUUCCCAGAGAUUACUUCACUCCAAAGUCUUGGUCAGAGUGUGGAGAUCAGAAAUAUCUGGGCUCUGGAGAUCUCCAACAACCCUAAAGUCCAAGAACCGUCUGAGCCCAAGAUCCGGUUUGUGGCAGGCAUUCAUGGUAACGCCCCUGUGGGUACAGAGCUGCUUCUGGAGUUUGCUGCCAGUCUCUGUAUUAACUACGGAAAGAAUCAAGCCAUCACAAGGCUCAUCGAUGAGACCAGAAUUGUUAUCCUGCCCAACAUCAACCCAGAUGGGCGAGAGCUAGCGAAAGAGAAAGACUGUACCUCCUCUGUUGGCAAGACCAAUGUGCGCGGCAAAGACCUUGACAAUGACUUCUUCGGUAAUGCAUCCCAGCAUGCUGCAGAACCUCAGCCAGAGACACGUGCCGUUAUGGAUCUGAUACAGGAAAGAGGCUUCACUCUCUCUGUGGCUCUGGAUGGAGGCUCUGUUUUGGUCACCUACCCAUAUGACAAACCAGUGCAACCUGUUGAAAAUGCCGAUACGCUGAAAUAUUUGGCUACUGUGUAUGCCAAUAACCAUCCUAAAAUGCAUUCGGGGGAUACUGGAUGUCCAAACAGCCAGACGGGCACCAUCCCUAAUGGUGUGCUUCGAGCAGCAGAAUGGCACAGUCACAUGGGCAGCAUGAAGGACUUCAGUGUGGACUUUGGUCACUGUCCCGAGAUCACGGUCUACACCAGCUGCUGCCUGUUCCCACAGGCUGAAAUGCUGCCAACGCUAUGGGCUGAGAACAGGAAGUCUCUUCUGAGCAUGCUGGUUGAGGUGCACAAAGGGAUUCGUGGAGUGGUCAAGGACAAGAACGGUAAGCCCAUCGUGGGUGCUGUAAUAGUACUGAAUGGUGGUGUUCGAGUCUUCACCAGUGAGGGAGGUUAUUUUCAUGCCCUUCUGGCCCCUGGUUUACACAACAUUGAAGCGGUGGCUGACGGCUACCAGCAACAGUCCCAGAAGGUGUCUGUGUCACCGUUUGAAGCAGCAAGUUCGAUUAUCAUUGAAUUUGAAAUGGAGAAUGAUAUAUUUGGCCUUCCAAGAGAAUUAGUUGUGGCCAGCGCAGCUGCUGCAAUGACAGCCUUGGUUGUGACCGCCUGCAUCAUAUGGUGCGUCUGCUCAGCCAAGUCAAACAGACAAAAAGACGGAUUCCAUCGGCUACGACAGCACCAGGACGACUAUGACGAUGAGAUCCGCUCAAUGUCUAUGGGCUCCAAAAAGUCUCUCCUGAGCCACGAAUUUCAAGAUGAGAGCGAAAGUGACGAGGAUUCGCUUUACACCAACAAACUUUGAGGACCUUACUUCUCCCUCUCCUUCCCCUGAGUCUGUCCACACUGCCUGCAGGACAAGUAGAGGGCCCUCAACCGCAAGCAGCGGUAUUUUCCAAUCUAUUAAAACCUGAGAAUCACCGUUUGGAUGUAAAAUAAAUGCUAUUUAUUUUACAUCCAUCCAGCAAAACAUUGAUUUUGCUCAUCGGCUCUCAGGCUUCCCAAAAAAGACCAGAAAUACUGUCAACUUCAGCUUCAAUAUCAAUGUAGUUGACAUGUUAUUUAUAAUUCAGGAAACUAAUUAAAAACAUAUAGUGUAUAUUUAGGCGUCAUCGUCUGAUCAAUAUAUUUGUAUGCUUUGUAUCUUCUCUUCUAAAAAAAAACCUUUAAAACAUUGGGGAUCAUUUGCAAACAAACAUAUAGUAUAUUAAAAAUGUUCAAAUGCAUUAAAGUAUGUUUCCUCCAUGACAGGAGGAGGCUUUGAUUGUGUGACACAUUGAGCAAUCUAAAACCAGCAGAACACUUGUAAGGUCUUACUGUGGGCAGGCAGCUUCACUCUGUCACUGUUAUGUGUCAGCGAAUCAUUUUCUGUAUCAUUCUACCCUUUUACGUGUACCAUUUGGAUAUAGAAGAUGUAGACUGGUGGGUCAUUGUUCAUGCUUUUAAAAGAGCAAACUAUUUCAUAUUUCACACCCUAAUUCAUAUCAUUGUGUGUCAGUCUGACCAUUCAUACAAGUCUAAUGUUAGUAAGUGAAAAAAUUCUGUUUCUAUGAAUUAUUUAGUCAUCGAUCCUAUUACCAACAAAAUUUGAAUCUAAUUUGACUUGAUAUUGAUUGUCAUGCUUGAUUGUAAAUACCUGGGUGAGUUUGAACAAAUAUGUAACUUUUCUAUGUAUGUGCUGAUGUUUCUUUCUUUUUCUUUUUUUUAUACAACAAUGAUUGUAGAUAUCGAAUUCUUGCCAACUAUAUGUAAAUGACACAAGUGCAAUUUCUCUCAAGAGUGAAAGAACUGCACAAAUAAACCUGUUUGUGUAUUAAAGGAAUGGUGUGUGAUGAGAUUUAAAUAAAAAUUUAACUUUGUUCUGAA